GGGAGCCCUGGGCAGCCAGGGAGGGAUGCGCUGCCGGCGCGCUGGCCUCCUCGAACAGCUUUGCUGCGGCCACAAGCUGCUUAGGUUUGGGAAAAGACGGUGGCGAUCCUUUGCCUUUUCAGUGACGAUAAUAAUAAAAAAUAGAACUGCCAGGUCUGUCCUAGUCAGUGACGGGUACUGACAGUAGAGUGCAGAGGCAGCUUUGACUCCUCCAGGGUCACUUCUCAUACCUUGCCCAUUGUCUCAGGAGCAGCCAGCUGAGAGCUUCUGGACUUUGGCCUUUGGGUUUUUGCCUGCCAUACCUGUGUGCUCUUUAGCAACUUUUGGGUGCGUUUCCUGCAGGAAACACAGGCACUGAGAUAAUAAAUCUGGCGCUUGAAUCUCUGCACCUCCUUCUUGCCUUUGAUUUUCCCUUUCUCCUUUGUUGCUGCUAGGAGAGGAAGGACAUCUCAGGUAUUCUGGCAAGGUGGCUCUCCCUUUGCUGUCACUGCUAUUUCACCUGUAGUCCAUAAGCAGAUUCCAGGCACUGGAAGCAGAGCAGGAGUGUUCAGCUCCAACUCCAGGAGGCUGCAGGAGGCCAUGCAGAAUUCCUGAGCCUCACUCUGCCUGUCACUCCCAGGCACAUGCUCCCUGUUUCCAGCUGCAGCAUGCCCUGGAGCCUGUGGGAAUCCAGCCUGCAGGAAAAUAACCCAACAAAGAGUGUGUGCUCAGCUGGCUCAGCAGGGCUUGGCAGAGUAGGAGCAGAGAUAAAACUGAGCAGGAGGCAAGGAGAGGAAGGAAGAGAGGUGUUCUGCUCCCUUUGCCAUGCUCUCUCAGGCCAUUUUCUCUCCUGUAUGAUUUUUCUCUUUUGAUGGAGAAAAGUUCUGUCAUAUUAAAGCCCAGAGACAGAAGCCUGUGCAAGUUUCAUGUUACCCACCUGCUCAAGCAGGGUUCUUGGAAGAUAGUCUUAUGUGCUAAGGGAGAAUGUAAGGAUGAUUGUGGUCCUUUGAAAAAGCUGUAGUUUUUUUGUAUUCACAGGUGAGGGGAAGAUUUCUAGUACUCAGCUGAGCAAAGAGCCCUUGGAGAUGUCAGCAUGGCCUCAUGUAAUUCCCACAGCUCCUCAUGAGGUGGUCAUCAGGAAAACGAGAUCAAGUUGUUAACUGCAGAAAUUGAGCGUCUGAAGAACUUUGGGUGCUUGGGAGUCUCCCCGAGUUUGGAAGGGCUGCGAGACGAAAACGCAAAACUCAAGUACCGGUUAAACUUCCUUAAGAAGAGCCUUCAAGAGGAAAGAAGUAAAUCAACCAAAAGCAUGAUUAAUAUCAACAGCUGUCUCCAGGAGAUCUUUGGAGCUGCCAUUCAGGCUGCCUACCCAGACUUAGAAAACCCUCCCCUGGUGGUGACACCAAGUCAGCAGCCCAAAUUUGGGGACUACCAGUGUAACAGUGCCAUGGGCAUAUCACAGAUACUGCUCAAAACCAGGGAACAGAAGGUUAGCCCACGAGAAAUCGCAGAGAAAAUAGUAAAAAAUAUUCCUGCCAAUGAAUGCAUUGAGAAGGUCGAAAUUGCUGGUCCUGGUUUUAUCAAUGUCCACUUGAGAAAGGAUUUUGUGUCGAAGCAGCUGAGCAGUUUAUUGAUCAAUGGAGUUCAACCACCAGCUAUUGGCAAAAGGAAAAAGGUGGUGGUGGAUUUUUCCUCCCCCAACAUUGCAAAGGAGAUGCACGUUGGCCACCUGCGCUCUACCAUCAUCGGGGAGAGCAUGUGCCGGCUCUUCGAGUUCGUGGGUUAUGAUGUUCUGAGGUUGAACCAUUUAGGAGAUUGGGGCACCCAGUUUGGAAUGCUCAUUGCUCACCUCCAGGACAAAUUUCCAGAUUACUUAAGUGUCUCUCCUCCCAUUGGGGAUCUCCAAGCUUUUUACAAGGAAUCCAAGCAGAGGUUUGACACAGAGGAGGAAUUUAAGAAGCGAGCUUACCAAUGUGUGGUGCUGCUGCAGAGCAAAAACCCUGACUUCAUUAAAGCCUGGAAUCUCAUCUGUGACGUGUCACGCAGAGAAUUCCAGAAAAUCUACAACUGUUUGGACAUCACACUCAUAGAGAGAGGGGAAUCCUUCUACCAUGAGAUGAUGAAAGACAUUGUGAAAGAAUUUGAAGAUAAAGGAUUUGUCCAGGUUGAUGAUGGCCGGAAGGUCGUGUUCGUCCCGGGUUUCCCUGUCCCGCUGACAAUCAUGAAAUCGGACGGAGGUUACACGUAUGACACCUCAGACCUGGCUGCUCUGAAGCACAGGCUGUGUGAAGAGAAGGGGGACAUCCUCAUCUACGUCGUUGAUAGUGGCCAGUCUGUGCAUCUCCAAACAGUGUUUGCAGCUGGACAGAUGAUUGGCUGGUAUGAUCCCAAAGUCACCAGAGUGGCCCAUGCUGCCUUUGGAGUGGUGCUGGGAGAAGACAAGAAGAAGUUCAAAACUCGUUCAGGGGACACAGUGCGUCUCAUAGACCUGCUGGAGGAAGGGCUGAAACGAGCCAUGGACAAGCUGAAAGACAAGGAACGGGACAAGGUCCUGACGCCAGAAGAGCUGAAAGCUGCCCAGACGUCGGUGGCUUUUGGAUGCAUUAAAUACGCAGAUCUGUCCCACAACAGACUCAAUGAUUACGUGUUCUCCUUUGACAAGAUGCUGGAUGACCGAGGGAACACAGCUGCCUAUCUGCUCUAUGCCUUCACACGGAUCAGGGCAAUUGCUCGCCUGGCCAAUAUCGAUGAGCAGAUGCUGCAGAAGGCAGCCAGGGAGGAGGUGCUUGUCCUUGACCAUGAAAAGGAGUGGAAAUUGGGCAAGUGCAUCCUGAGGUUUCCUGAGAUCCUGCAGAAGAUCCUGGAGGACUUGUUAUUGCACACACUCUGUGACUACCUGUAUGAGCUGGCCACCACCUUCACCGAGUUCUACGACAGCUGCUACUGCGUUGAGAAGGACAGGCAGACUGGCCAGAUAGUGAAGGUGAACAUGUGGAGGCUGCUGCUGUGCGAAGCCACUGCCACCGUCAUGGCCAAAGGAUUCGACAUCCUGGGAAUUAAGCCUGUGCAGAGGAUGUAGCAGUUCCCUGUGGAAUGACAAUAAAGGGACUAAACAAC